CGCUGUCAACACCAUUCUUACGAAUUUGUCAGGUCGGAGCUGUGGCGGGCUACUAGUAAGGGUCCUUCUCCUGGCAGGCACCCGGUGACCGCGCAAAAAAGGGAUACGGCGGCGCAUUGGUGGCCGGUGUGUUGGUCGGAGCCCUUCAGCUCUCGUUUUGACAGUGUGGCGCGGCGCAAUUUAAUUGCAAGGCCAUGUUAUCUCACGAUGCAUGUCAAGUAUCUGUCGAAAUUCUCGGAAGUGAGCUCGAUGCGGGCUUCUCGAACGCAUAAUGCAUGGCGCGUGUCAAGCCAGGUUGGAGAGCGUUCAGGCACUGCAAUGUCGAGCGAACGACAUCGUGGUGCCGGCAAUGAUAUAAGAACUUGCGAGGGGUGUUCUCCCCAGCCGCACGUCUCUCAUUGGACAUCGAUGGCUAUGUUCCAAGUUCUGUCUUCCUAUACACUCAUCGCGCCAUUCUUCUUGUUUGUCAUCAUCUACUCGCUUGGUCGGCGAAAUUCUCGCCGUCUGCCGCCGGGACCCUAUGGUUUCCCGCUCGUUGGCAACGUGCGUGAAACGCCGUUCGAACACCCAGAGUAUACGUUUGCGUCGUGGGCAAAGAAAUACGGCGACCUGAUCUACAAUGAGUUCUUCGGUCACCGCACGGUCAUCAUCAACUCGCAGAAGAUAGCGCAGGAGCUGCUCGAGAAACGUGGCGCGAAGUACUCGAGCAGGCCGCGUAUGACGAUGCUCGCAGAGAUGCUGGGCUGGAACCCCACGCUCACGCUAUUGCCAUACAAGGCGGAGAGCCGCCGCAAACAGCGCAAGUGGAUCCAUGGCACGUUCGGCGAGAAGAAGUCGGUGCAGGGCUUUGAGGGCCUGAAGAAACGGGAGACGUACAUCUUCGUGUUGGGCCUGAUGGAGACACCCGACGACUACGGUUUGCAUGUCAAGCGGUUCCUCGCAGCGCUUGUCCUUGAGUCCGUCUAUGGGCACCGGAUUACGUCCCUUGACGAUGAGUAUGUGACCAUGAUGGACAGUGCGAUGGAGGCUACGACCACGACGGGUGCGGCAGGAGGAACACUGGUGGACAUGCUACCGUUCCUGAAGCAUAUGCCCGCUUGGAUGCCUGGCGCAGGGUGGAAGCGAGCCGCGUUGCGCGCGAGGAAGCUUGUCUGGCAAGGUCACCAUCUUCCAUACCGCAUGGCGCGAGAGGCGAUCGAGUCGGGUGGCGCACCACCAUCAUUAUUGUCUACCCUGAUGGGAGAUUCAACCAAGACAGGGCAGUUUGAACAAGAGGAGAAUGAUAUCAUCUAUACAACAGGGGUGAUCUAUGCCGCUGCGACGGAUACGACGAAAGCGGCCCUACUGACGUUCAUCUUGGCGAUGACCCUUCAUCCCGAGGUUGGCAGGAAGAUGCAAGAAGAGAUAGACCGAGUCAUUGGGAAGCAUAGGCUACCGACUAUCGAGGACAGGCCAGAUCUACCCUAUGUUGACAGCGUCCUGAAGGAGACCUACCGCUGGCACGCGCCCCUCCCACUAGGAAUCCCACACUACAUCACAGAAGACGAUGAAUACGAAGGCUAUCAGUUGCCUCAAGAUACCACUAUCAUGGCAAACAUGUGGGCGAUAUGCAGAGACGAGCGCGUAUGGAACGACCCCACAGCAUUCCGCCCGGAGCGCUUCCUUGAGCUGGAUCCCUCCGAAGCCGAAGCCCUGGACCCCCGCCACGUCGUCUUCGGAUACGGACGCAGGCAAUGCCCCGGUCGCCUAUUUGCAGACACAGCGCUGUUCCUGGUCAUAGCCACCAUGGCGGCGACGCUGGACAUCCGCAAGGCUCGUGAUGCGGAGGGGAAGGAGAUCAUCCCGGAGGUCUCGUGGCUUCCUGCUUUUAUCAGCCCUCCAGAGGAUUUCGUCUGUGCAAUUGCGCCGCGUUCGUCGUCGGCGAAGACCUCUGUUGCGGAUGCUUUGGCUGGCGCAUCCGCAUGAGCCCAUUCGUAUGCCGUCGUGAGAUGCUUCUUGCAAUGUACAUUACCAUACCUUCUGCAGACUUCAUUGGCCGAGGGUGCUGAUGGGUAACAUACGACGUACUGCUGGACAUUGAGAUGUUUACCAACCAUCUGGUGCCACAAUGCAACCAUGAAGAGUAAUCACUAGUUGACGCGGAGCUUGUGGAAAUGUAUU